UAGUUCGUAUUCCGGAAGUGGCUGGAGCAGGGUUCCACACGUGUGGCUCCGGGAUGAAAUUCGCUUAUCGGUUCUCCAAUUUGCUGGGUACAGUUUAUCGGUGUGGAAACCUAAAUUUCUCACGUGAUGGAAAUUCUGUUAUCAGCCCUGUGGGAAACAGAGUCACUGUGUUUGACCUUAAGAACAACAGAUCAGACACAUUGCCUCUGGCCACCAAGUACAACAUCAAGUGCGUGGGGCUGUCCCCAGAUGGUCGCCUGGCAAUCAUCGUCGACGAAGGAGGCGCCGCUCUGCUAGUCAGCUUGGUGUGCAGGUCCGUGCUCCACCACUUCCACUUCAAGGGUUCCGUGCACAGCGUCUCCUUCUCCCCCGAUGGCAGAAAAUUUGUCGUCACGAAGGGCAACAUUGCCCAGAUGUACCAUGCUCCCGGAAAGAAGCGAGAAUUCAAUGCCUUUGUUCUGGACAAAACCUAUUUUGGGCCCUACGAUGAGACCACGUGCAUCGACUGGACAGAUGACUCCAAGUGCUUUGUGGUCGGAAGCAAAGACAUGUCCACCUGGGUGUUUGGAGCUGAGCGCUGGGACAACCUUAUCUACUAUGCACUGAGUGGACACAAAGACGCCAUUGUGGCCUGCUUCUUUGAGUCCAACAGCCUAGAUCUGUACUCGCUCAGCCAAGAUGGAGCCCUGUGUGUGUGGCAGUGUGACACACCCCCUGAGGGCCUGCGGCUUAAGGCGCCUAGGGGCUGGAAGGCAGACAUACUUCAGAGGGAGAAGGAAGAAGAGGAGGAGGACGAAGAAGAGGAAGGGAAUCGAGAAACCACCAUCCGAGGGAAGGCCGUGCCAGCCGAGCAGGAGAGGGUCGGGAAAGUGAAAUACUCACGGCUGGCCAAGUACUUCUUGAACAAAGAAGGAGACUUUAACAACCUGACAGCCGCCGCUUAUCAUAAGAAGACCCAUCUCUUGGUCACGGGUUUUGCUUCUGGAAUCUUCCAUCUGCAUGAGCUCCCGGAGUUCAACCUCAUCCACUCCCUGAGCAUCUCUGAUCAGAGGGUCGCUUCGGUUGCGAUCAACAGCUCUGGGGACUGGAUCGCCUUUGGCUGCUCAGGCUUGGGCCAGCUGCUGGUGUGGGAGUGGCAGAGUGAAUCCUACGUGCUCAAACAACAAGGCCACUUCAACAGCAUGGUGGCCCUGGCCUACUCCCCUGACGGGCAGUACAUUGUCACCGGUGGGGACGAUGGCAAGGUCAAGGUGUGGAACACCCUCAGUGGCUUCUGCUUUGUCACUCUCACGGAACACUCCAGUGGGGUCACUGGAGUGACAUUCACUGCCACAGGCCAUGUCAUCAUCACCUCCUCCUUGGAUGGCACCGUGAGAGCCUACGAUCUUCACAGGUACCGGAAUUUCCGCACCUUCACGUCUCCACGGCCCACACAGUUCUCUUGUGUGGCCGUCGACUCAAGCGGGGAAAUCGUCUCUGCAGGGGCGCAGGACUCCUUUGAGAUCUUUGUGUGGUCCAUGCAGACAGGCAGGCUCCUUGAUGUUCUCUCUGGCCAUGAGGGGCCCAUCAGUGGUCUUUGCUUUAACCCCAUGAAGUCCGUCCUGGCUAGUGCCUCUUGGGACAAGACAGUGCGCCUGUGGGACAUGUUCGACAGUUGGAGAACCAAGGAGACCUUGAGUCUGACCUCUGACGUCCUAGCUGUGACUUUCCGGCCUGAUGGUGCAGAGCUGGCUGUGGCUACUCUGAAUUCACAUAUCACUUUCUGGGAUCCAGAGAAUGCUGUACAGGUGGGCUCCAUCGAGGGCAGGCAUGACCUGAAGACAGGCAGGAAAGAGCUGGACAAGAUCACAGCUAAACACUCGGCCAAGGGCAAGGCCUUCACCACCGUGUGUUACUCUGCGGACGGCCAGAACAUCCUGGCGGGAGGCAUGUCCAAGUUCGUCUGCCUUUACCACGUCCGGGAACAGAUCCUGGUGAAGAGGUUUGAGCUCUCCUGCAACUUCUCUCUGGAUGCCAUGGAAGAAUUCCUGAACCGGAGAAAGAUGACGGAGUUUGGCAACCUGGCACUCAUCGACCAAGAUGCCGGGGAAGAGAACGGGGUAGCGAUUCCAUUGCCAGGUGUAAGGAAAGGUGACAUGAGCUCCAGACACUUCAAACCUGAAAUCAGGGUGACUUCUCUGCGCUUCUCUCCCACUGGGCGCUGCUGGGCAGCCACCAGCACAGAGGGGCUCCUCAUCUUCUCCCUGGACGCCCAGAUGCUCUUUGACCCAUUCGAGCUGGACACCAGUGUGACCCCUGGACGGAUCCGGGAAGCCCUUCGACAGAGGGAGUUUACCCGGGCCAUCCUUAUGGCCUUCCGCCUCAAUGAGAAAAAACUGGCCCAGGAGGCCCUGGAGGCUGUACCACAGAAUGAGAUUGAGGUCAUCAGCGCUUCUCUGCCUGAGCUGUAUGUGGUGAAAGUGCUAGAGUUCUUAGCCGCCUCCUUUGAAGAGUCUCGGCACCUGGAAUUCUACCUUAUAUGGACACAGAAGUUACUGAUGUCACAUGGACAGCGACUGAAGUCCAGGGCGGGACAGUUGCUGCCUGUGGUCCAGUUCCUUCAGAAGGGCCUCCAGCGGCAUCUAGAUGACAUUUCCAAACUCUGUGACUGGAACCGCUAUAACAUCCAGUACGCGCUGGCGGUUUCCAAGCAGAGGGGUAUGAAACGCACCCUGGAACCUGUAGACACAGAGGAGGACACAGAUGCAUCUGAUGAGGACAGUCUGCACCUACUCAGAGCUGCAGAGGAGGAGGACGAAGAGGGGAUGCUGGUGUAGAACCGCGUACGUCACAGCCUCAUUGGCUGAUUGGAGAUGGAACCACGGUGCUCCUGGGCCCAGGAAGUGGGAGAUGCCAGAGGCCAGAAGACCCUCCAGCCAGGCCUCUUCCUGUGAGACUGCUCAUGCUGCCAUGAGCAGGACACAAUGGCACACACGCUGUGGGCCCAGAACGCUGGCGUUGUGGAUGACGACCCUGCACAGACUUCCUGAGGAGUGGACAGGUUUAGAAGUGUGGGCUUGCAAACUUCCUGUCAGAGUUAUUUAUAUUUUUAUAUGACAUUCUACGAUGAACUUAGGGUUGGAAAGUGGGCUUUUUAAAAAAUAUGAGGAUUCGCUUCUCAACUUUG